GUUUCACUGUGUUCUGCUAUCAGAAUUUACAUUUCUUUUGAGAACGUAAACAAUCUGUCAGGUUUGAUUAUUUUCCUACCAUCAGAAUUCUUCUACUUUGGACUUUCUUAUAUUGUGACCAAGAACAAUCAUUCUGCCAGAUUAUCCUUUAUUGUUGAUCAGGAUUAGGACUGUUAAUAUGAUAAAAUCCUAGGACCAUUUCAGAUAAUUUUGAAUGAAAAAGUACUUCUUCAGGAAUACCACCAAUCAUGAUCAUCUUACGACUUCAAGGGCUUCCUUGGUCAGCUACAGCCAAAGAUGUCCGUCAACAUUUUGAGGGUCUAUCCAUUCCAGAUGGUGGUGUACACAUCAUUGGAGGAGAGGAAGGCGAUGUUUUUAUCGCUUUCAGCUCUGAUGAUGAUGCUCGCAAAGCAAUGCAACGUCAGAAACAACCACUCAAUGGAAGUCGCAUCAUGCUCUUACUAAGCAGCAAAUCAGAGAUGCAGGAGGUGAUUGCAGAAAGCAGAGCUGCAACACAGAAACCAGAUCCCUUUGGGACGUCUGAGAUAGUCAACCCACCUGUCUCUCAGACCAAUCAACGUGGUUUACUAUCUAGGGAAGGUUCUGUAACGAGUUCCCACAGCCAGGGAUACCAGGGGUUUCCCCAAAGUGAUGAUCAGCAAAGACAACCUUCAGGGUAUGGUGAUGGUUAUCAAGGUAGUAAUGUAAAUGUAUCUAAUCAGUCACUUCCUCCCCAAGGUUAUGGUACCUCAUAUCCUCCAUCACAGAGUAAUGAAAGAUUGAAUUUUGGCCAGUCCCAGAAUAAAAUGUAUGGUAAUGACCAUUUCAAUGAGGAUUCCUUGGGUAGAGGAGAUGCUGGUCAACGUCCAAUGUAUCAGGAAUUCAACACCCAAGAGAGAAAUCAAGGAAUUCAGAGACGAGAUGAUUUUGAUGCAGGAAGGCAAGGUCGUACAGACAGAGAUUCAGGAUAUCCACAGGAGUCUGCUCAGUUUAAUAGGUUCUCAGAAUAUGACAGACAAGAGGAGAGACUCCCUUCUGGAAAUGUCCAAGAUCAACGAUAUAGAUCAGGUUCAUACGGCAUGAGAUCAGACAUGCAAUCUUUGGAUCGUGACAUGUCCUACAUGCAGGGGGGUGACAAAUCCCGUAGCCUCCUCCCUUCUGGGGGAAUGAGGAAUACAGAUGAAAGAGGCUAUCAAGAAGAGGUCGAUGACCCAAUGGAAGGAAUAUCUACAUCAUAUCCUCCAGCUGGUCCUGCUGACAAGUUUGACUACCAGCAAACAAAGGAUGCAGAUCAAAGAGGGAGCAGCGAUCAGGUAAAAUCGAGGGACUCUCAUUCCGAAAUCACACAAUCUAUGUAUGGAAGACAGAAUUUAGAUAGGGAACAAGAAAAGGGUAAAUUCAUCAGAACACCAUAUGAGGAUGCUUACUGGGCAACAAGCACUUCAUCCAGAGACUUACCUUCUGAAGCAAUGCAAGGAAGAAGGACUGAUAGCUUCAAGUCCUUUCAAGAUAAUCAAGGCAAGCCUAUGACAGAGAAGAAAGAUUACUACCAGAGUGAAGGGUCCAAUGAGAAUGAGAUGAGAGGAAGUUAUUUCGACAGCAAACAAUAUGGAAACACCCAUCUUAAUCAAGGAUCUAUGUACAAUCAGCAAGAUAAAAGAGAGGAAUCAUUCAACAUGGAUCAAUCUCAGUCAGCUGUUUAUCCAAUGUAUCAAGAUUACAGAUCUCAAUCUUCUGACUUUGACAAUCGCAUGGGAGAUGUGUCUAAUCGUGCUCCAUUAUCAAAUCAAGAACCGCCAAUUCCUUCACUCAAAGCUGAUAUUCCUUCCAGAGGUGAUUCUGAUUCUCAAAUGUAUGGCUCAAGAGGAAAUCAACAACAACCAACGUCUACUGCCUCAUCUCUAUUAGAUCAUCCUGCUCCUGCAUCUCUUUAUGGAUCCAAAUUGCAAAUGUUGGAACCUUCAGGUGAUGAGUUUUAUGCAGUGCGCCUCACUGGAUUACCUUAUGGAUCCUCAGAGAGGGAUAUCAGACUAUUCUUGCGUGAUAUCAAUAUUGCACCUGAUGGUAUCCAGAUUCACAAUGACCCACGUGGAAAUAUGACUGGUACUGCCAAUGUAAAACUUCGAGGACCAAGUGAUAUUGAUCAAGCGCUUAAAAGACAUCAGCAGUAUAUGGGAAAACGUUACAUUGAUGUACGUCCAUGCCUUCAAUCUGAGUGGGAAAAAGAAAAGGAAGACACAUCCAGGAGUGAACCAUCCAGAAGACGUAGUAGAUCACCUGUUAGAAGCAGAAAGUCACCCCUUCGAAGCUCCAAUACUGCUAUUGAAAUGAGGGGAGUGGCUCCUUACACAAAAAAUUCUGAUAUUGUUGACUUCUUUGAAGGAUUAGCAAUGAGGCAGGAUACCAUACAUUUUGACCCACAUAAAGAUGGCCCUGGAUCGGGUAUAGUUUAUGUUGAGUUUGUUGAUUCAGACAUGGCAAGGAGAGCUUGCCAGAAGAAUGGGAAACUUUUCAACAGAAGAAGUGUUUCAAUCCGAAUUAUUUCAAAAGAAAUUAUGGAGGCAAAGAUUUCAGAUAUGAAAAGAAGAGCUGAUGAAAAACGCUCAGAUGGAAGAAGAAGUCCAGACAGGCGAAGAGGCAGUAGCCCAUACAACAGGAGAGGACGUAGUCCAGGUAGAAGAGCAAGGAGUCCUGUUCGAAGCAGUAGUCGUAGCUCCCCAGGAAGAAAUGGACCAGGGAGAAGACAAACAAGUCCUUCAAGGGAUAGAAGGGAUAGGGAUCGAGACAGAGACAGAGACAGGGAAUCAUCACGCCAGAGCAGGAGAAAUCAAAGCCCUGUUCGCCAUGGCUCUCAAGACAGAAAAAGUACAUCAUCAGAAAAGAAAGACAGGAGGGAUCAAGAAUCAAGAGACGUAAGGUCAUCAAGUAAAGGUAAUGAAGAUAAAAGUCGUGGCUCACCAAAAACUGAAGAAAAAGAUCGCUUACAGAAAGCAGCUAGGCAAGAUGAUCCUUCAAAAUCAUUGUUGCCAUCUCCAAGUCUGCAAAAGGAAAAGGGCAAAGAACAGGGAUUGCUGAAAACACCUGAGCUUUCAGCAAAUGAUAAACCUCCUUUUGGGCUCACACAAAAGAAUUUUGGGUCUGUAAAUAUUCCACAAGAUGUUUCUACUUCCAAAGCAAGACCAGAUGAAACAAAGGAAGCACCCUCCAUAGAUUUUCAUGCAAUUCGGGAUGCAGUGUCCAGAUUUAGUAAAGAUUCAGUAGAUAAGCAACAAGGAGAGGACAGACAAGAUCCAAUGAGCAGCAAACUUGGUGUACCAGAGCAAAAGCAAGGUCCCUUGGAAGGUCGGAAAGAUCCGAUUGGCAGCAGGCAUGGAGGACCCGAUCACGAGCGAGGUCUCUUAGAGAGCAGGCAUGAUGUACCAGAGCACAUGCAAGAUCCAAUGGACAACAGGUAUGGUGUACCAGAGCCAAUGGGAAUGUCUGGAGGAAUGUUAGGGAACAAUAGAAAUGCUCCAAAGGAAACCUUUCCAUUCACUGAUGAAAGGCAAAAUAAAGGAGGUCUACUGGAUUUCCAACCUGGUCAGUUUAGAGGUCCACGGAGAGGAUUUGACGAUAACAGGAGAGACGGUCCUAUAAAUAUGCAGAGUGGCCCUGCAGGCAAUCCAUUUGUUGGGCCUAGAGAUAGCAUGCAAGGUAGUGAUUUACAGCAUCGUCCCUUAGACAACAUGCCUAGUGGUCCUAUGGAUGUGGAUCGUGGACCAUUUAAUGGCCCAAGAGGAAACAGGCAGGAUAAUCCUAUGCACCAUGGCCAAAUGAGCAAUACAUUUACUGGGGCUAGGAAAGACAUGCGGGAUGAACCAAUGAAUAUGCAACCAGGUCCUAUGGGUAACAUACAUGAUGGACCUGGAGACAGGAGAAGGGAUCAAUCUAUGGAUAUGAAUCGUGGUCUAUUUAGCAACCCUGAAGAUAUUAGGGCAAAUCAUCCCUCAGACAUGCAUCAUGGUUCAUUUGGGGGCCCUGGAGACAACAGACGAAGUGGUCCAAUUGGUUCUAGAUGGGAAGGCGGCAUAGCUGAUAGACAAGGAAGAAUGCAAGAGUCUUGGCAAGGUGGACCCAGACCUAACAGACAGGAUGAAGGUAGAGGUGAAACUACUGUACAGAGUUCUCGAGGAAGAUCUUUGGAAGAAUGGCGACAGGAUCAAAGGAAUAGAAAUAAUGAAUCCAUGGAUAUACAAGAAGGACAACCAGGACAAAGUGGAGAAAGACGACGACCCCUCAUAGAAAGUAGUGGACCUCAUAGUCAUGGUAGCAGUGAAAGAAAACCACUUCUUGACUUGCCUGAAGGUGAACUAAAAGGAUAUGAUAAGGACAGAGAUAUUGAUAGAAGACAGCAAGGAUUUUUUGAUCACCAAGAUAAAGACCGCAUAAAUGAGAGGGGACCACAAGGAAUGAAUAGAAGGGAUCCAAGCCCACGAAGGUGGACUGACAGCCAAUCAGAGGAAAGGAUUCCACGAGGAGGCAUUGGUUUUCCUAAUCAAGGGCCAGGUGACAAUUCACAAGGAAGAAAUGGACCUAGUUUCAGGCCCAAUGAUAGAGAUUCCUUUCCUAGAGAUGGAAGGAAUGUACCUUCCCAACAGGAUGGUCCUCCUUUUCCACCAAGAAAUAAUUUACCUGGUUUGCUUGAUGAAAUCGAAAGAGAUAGGAGAGAACCAGAUAAUCAAGGACCAAGAGAUGUCCAUGGUCAUAUGGACAGACAGCAUGGGCCUGAAGAUCGUCGAUCAAUGGAAAGAGAUAUGCGUAUGCCAGGGGAGAGAGAACCACAUCAUAUCACGGGCCCACCAUCAGGAUCAUUUGAUGGACCUCCAGGAGAUGGUGCCAGUGAAUAUGUAUGUGCACACGUUAGAAAUGUCCCCUACACCGCACGAUGGCCAGACAUUGCUCACUUUUUCAGUGGCAUCCAGAUUGUUCCUGGUGGUAUUCAUAUUAUGAUUAACUCAAGUGGAAAACCAUCUGGCCACUGUUUCGUUGAAUUCACUGAUGCCCACCAAGCUCGUUUAACGGAAGAGCGUAGACUGCAAAAGCUGAAAGAUCGACCGCUUCAGAUCAAUGCUUGUUCAAAGUCAAUGAUGAUUCGUGCUUUGCAGGAAACUGGAGAGUUGCAACAAAAUAGACCUAAUCAUGGAUUUGGAGGACGUGGUCAUGGACAACCUUUUGGUGCCAGGGGACCACAUUUCCAAGGUAACAGAGGCCCUGUUCCACAUCAAGAUUCUCCUCAUGGCUUUCAUCCCCGUGGACCACAUCCACAUGGCUCAUUCAGGCCACCAUUUAGAGAUAUGAUGGAUGAUGGACGCCCUCAUCAUCUGGAUGAUGGCCGACCUAGACAUCCUGACGAUGGACUGCUUCCAAGACAACCAGAAGAUGGCCAUCUUCUUCCAUAUCCCAAUGAUGGCCGCCCUCUUCGACAUCCUGAUGAUGGGCACCCUCCUGGUCAUCCUGAUGAUGGGGGCCCUCGCCAUCCUGAUGAUAGGCAUCCUCCUCGACAUCCCCAUGAUGGUCGUCCUCGACAUCACGAUGAUGGACGUCCUCCUCGGUAUCCCGAUGAUGGCCGUCCUCCUCGACAUCACGAUGAUAGCCGUCCUCCUCGACAUGUAAAUGACGGUCGUCCUCCUCGGCACCUGGAUGAUGGUCGUCCACCUCGGCAUCCAGAUGAUAGUCGUCCUCGGCAUCUUGAUGAGGGUCGUCCCCCUCGACGUCCGGAUGAUGGUCAUCCUCAACAUCCUGGUGGCAGUCGUCCUCGGCAUCUGGAUGAUGGACCUCCUCAAAACCCACGUGACCGUAGACCACCUGAAAGGCCUCAAGAGAAGCAUGAGCCAAAGAAACUAGAAACUUCAAAGGAAUCCAAACAAUCUGAGCCUAAUAAAAAGGUCCUUACUCCAGCUCCCAAGACUGCUCCUGAACCAUCCCCAAAGAAACCACAACCAGAAAAACCUAAAGAAACUGUUCCAGAGACAAAAGAGACAACUACAUCUCCUGUAUCAACUAAACCUUCUCCCAUCCAAUCUGAUCAACACAAAGGGUGUGUUGUUACUGCAACAAAUCUCCCAUUGACAAUCACUGUUGAUGCUAUUGGAGAUUUCUUUAAAGGUUUCAGUACUAUUAAGGGUGCUAUCAAAUUGGACACAAACGAAGCAACAGGCAAAGCAACGGGACAAGCGAAGAUUGUAUUCACCACCCCGACAGAGGCUAAUCGUGCCAUCAAGGAGCGUAAUAAUCGACCUCUAAAUGGGCGGAUUGUCAGACUCCAUGUCAUGUGAUUAUGAAGUCUAGACCUUCUAUUGGAAAUGUGAUGUUAACUCCCAGAUAUCAGGCAGAUGGAGUUGAUGACAUUUGAUUGUUUCUUUCCUGGUACUCAAUGUAUUGUGAGUUUUGCCCGUUGGAUUUUCUUUUCUUUUUAUUAACAAUAGGGCCUUUGUCAAAAGCCCUAGUCAAAAUCAUUUGAAUGUUUCUUUCAUUAUGGCCUUUUGUUCCAUUUUUUUUAUCCGAAAAAUAUAAUUAUGUGAUGAUUUGUAUGAAAUUUGCUGUUCUGAAUUUCAAACAUCUGUUGAUGACUCUCUUCAAAAGUUUAAUGAAAGUCAGGUUUAAUGAUUGUAGACCAUCUUUGUUCAGCAAACUUAUGUAGAAUUUGACUGAAUUCCUACCAGAAAUAUUUGCAUGUAUAUUCACUGCAAUUGUUCAGUUGUGGGAAUUUGUGUUGAGAAAAAAAUAAUUUCAUUAUUAUUACAAUUGUUCAUUCCCUAAUCAUUGCAUAAAUUCAUUUUCCCAGCUUGUAUUGUUACCUAGGAUUUUUUGUCAGGUCUUUUUUUAUAGGUUAUACAAUAUUAAAUUUUAUUACUUUAUUUUCAAGUAGUUUGUGCAUGCAUGGUUGAACUAUUAUGCCAAAGUAGAAGCUGAUCUCAUUGAGGCUGCUCAGACUAGUAAUGUACAAUGUAAUUGUUCUUUAUACACUCUGCAAAGUUAAAAGAUCAUCU